AGUUAAGGUGGAAAUCUGCAGAAACGACACACGAAAGAGGAAAGAGAGAGAGGUUCUGUCGAUUUAUUGUUAAGCUUCGUGUAGACCACGCUGUUUUGCGUCGGGUGUUUUUGGUCUUGAAGGCAAGACGGUAUAUAUAACCUCGACGGAUAACUAUGCCUUCAGAAAAGACCUUCAAACAAAGGCGGACAUUUGAACAACGUGUGGAAGAUGUCAGGCUGAUCCGAGAGCAGCACCCAACCAAAAUCCCUGUGAUCAUUGAGAGAUACAAGGGAGAGAAACAGCUUCCUAUCCUGGACAAAACCAAAUUCCUGGUCCCUGAUCAUGUCAACAUGAGCGAACUGAUCAAGAUCAUCAGGAGGCGCCUGCAGCUGAACUCCAACCAGGCCUUCUUCCUGCUGGUGAACGGCCACAGCAUGGUGAGCGUCUCCACUCCCAUCUCCGAGGUGUACGAGCGCGAGAAAGAUGACGAUGGCUUCCUCUACAUGGUCUACGCCUCUCAGGAGACCUUUGGAGGACAGGCCGGCCUGUAACCAUCGCGCGCCGCUCCAAGCCACGGCCUGAAGACUCCCACCCCUCCAGAAACAAAUGUCAACGAGCAUCUUGUCAGGAAAAGAAGGUCUUUGCGACACACCCUCCCGAUUUGGCCACUUGUUACAGGCCAAAGACUGGCGGGGUACUUUUUUUCUUUUUGUCUGCCAGAAAGAUGCAUCCGAUAAAACUGGGUGUCUUGGAACAGAUAACCCAAGUAGAUCCAACUAGUCAGCACCCUUGCAAAGUAGCAUAAUGCUGCCAACUGUCUGUACAGACAACUCUCCCACUCCCCCCAGCCCCCCCUUGGUGCCCCUUCGCCUCGACAUUUACCCUUCAGAGGCAUGCUCUGUCUGCUUGCUAGGGAUCAUGGGUUUUUUUUUUGCUUAACGUAAGAGAUCAUUCUGUAUUAAAAAAAAAACAUGUUAAUUGCCUUGCUGUAAAGUAGAUCUCUUGAGAGCAAAAUGUAUAUUAUAGACUGUUGGGUACAUCAAUCAAUUUGGUACUUGGGGUUUAUUUCCUGUGAACACCAAACGUCCAUUAUAUUGUAGGUUUUGAGGAAUCACUGUGUAACCUAAAGGCUAAUAUUUAGGCGAAUGGAGGCAAGUGGAUUCUGGGAACUGACAAUAGUGUGGUUCAAGACCGUUAUUUUAUUGGCAUUGGUGCAAACUGAAGAAACUUUUUUUUUUUUCAAUGCUGCGUGUUAGGUACUUCAGGAUUCAGGCCAUUUGGUUUAAAUUCUGCAGGAUUCAUGCGGAGAAAGGCAUCUGUGUAGUUAACCGUUAGCUUUGAAAAUGUUAAGAUGUAUUACACCUUAGUUCUAGUGUAUCUUUUCAGAUUUAUAUUUAUCGCACAUUAGCCUUUUAGCUGUUUGUCUUGGAAAGUAAAAUCAUUUUAACUCUCUUAGCAGGGAAGUAUGAGCAACUGUCAUUUUAUAAAACCUAAAAUUCUCUUUCCAUCUCUAAGAUCUAUUUAAAUGUUUAGAAACAGCUGCUUCAUCUAAAAUACUUGUUUCAUGGUUAUGCUUAAUUUCCUGUUUAAGUUCAAAUUUUAAAACCACAUAUUUAUGUUAACAAGACUUUUUAGGGCUGGUGUUUCAAAAUAUUAAUCUUUUAUUUGUAUGUGCAUGUUUUUUUUUCUUAGUUUUCAUUCAUUGUGUACAUUUGUUUGACGUUUUGACUUGUGUAUUUUGUACAUUACAAAAAUCCGAUUGUGCUUUGAGGUUGGAUCUGGGCUCGAUGCUUCCCGAAACUGACGAGCGUUCUUGUAAACGUAAAUAAACACUGUGUAUCCUGAAUAACCGUCUGUAAGGAUAGCGCUCACUGUAUAAAUAAUCACCUCCCCCAAAAUAAAUUACUGUUCUGA